UUACGCCAUUAUUCACUUCCUCUCGAUUCAAUUUACUUUUUCUCAAUUACCCAUUUCUGUGAAAGCAAAUGGGUAUUGCUUCAUCUAUACAAGUGUGUGGAAAUAAAUGAUGGUGAUUUACACCAUGGGUUUGUCAAGUAGUGGCAAAUACGUCAUUCUGCUAUCUAUCUAUAUACAUAUAUAUAUAUACAAGCCUUAUGGUGGCAUGCCACAUUUACAUUUAGAUUCAGAAGAAGAAGAAGAAGAAGAAGAAGCAAUGUGCAGAGGAGUGGUGGAACAGAGGAGCCACGGUGGUUGCCGGGAGUUUUCGGCGGCUGAGAAGGGUGGUGAUUCGGCGGAGGGUGCGGUGUUGAUGUGCGAGCUCUGUGACUCGAGGGCUUCAUUGUACUGCCAAGCGGAUGAUGCUUAUUUAUGUAGGAAAUGUGACAAGUGGGUUCAUGGUGCUAAUUUCUUAGCUCUCAGGCAUAUUAGGUGCAUUCUCUGUAAUGUUUGCCAAAAACUUACCCAUAAAUACCUCAUGGGAACCUCUACUCAGGUCCUUCUCCCCACCAUCGUCACCUGCAACCAACCUCCUAAUGACUGCAACGACAAUCGCAAUCUUAGCACAUGUUGUUCUGUAAGGCUCAAAACGCCUGUUCUCUUUUUGUGAAUCGUAGUAUCUUUUCAUCUCU